AUGGGUACAGAUAUCUUCGUGGCCCAAAUGAUCAGCACGCUCGGCUGCGGCGUCGCAGCAGGUGGUGUGAUGACUCUCUCCAUAUUAACCAUCCCCACUCUCACCCUUCCAGCUCGUCAACCGGCCUCAGUCACCAUUCCUUCGCAGCAAGUCCCGGGCACCCCAGUCCCACACCUCACACACCAAUGGCUCAACACAUAUGAACGGGGAAAGAUGACCUUUCCCGUGAUUUCCGUAGUUUCUUCGGUCGCGAAUGGGUAUCUUGCCUGGGCAUUAAGAAACACAGCUGUGCCAGAGUCGGGUAUAGUGGGUGGCAGCUGGACUGGGUGUUACAUGACGGCUAUUGUCGCAACAAUGGGAUUAGCCGUUUGGACAUUGACGGCAAUGAAGAGGACGAAUGCCCGGUUGACGGCGAUUGCGACACGGGAUGAUGCUGCUGCUGCGGAAGGAAUGAAGGGGAUGGUUGUGGGGGAGCAGGAGAAGGUGAAACGGGCGAAAGAAGAUGCUGAAAUUCCUGAACUUUUCAGGAAGUGGUCGAAAUUGAACUUAGUGAGAGCUCUGUUUCCCUUGACUGGGGCUAUUAUUGGGUUGUAUGGCGCUACAAAACUGAAUUAG